AUGAGCGCGGAGCUGGACGGCGUGUCCGUGCACUCCUCCUCCUCCUCGUCGGGCUCGCUGGGCUCGGCGGCGGGGCCGGCGCCGCGGCCGCUCUCGGCGAACGUGCGGCGGCUGCACCAGGCGCUCACGGCGCUGCUGAGCGAGGCGGAGCGGGAGCGCUUCAUCCUCUGCCUCAACGCCUACCACGGCCGCCGCAACGUCUGCGACCUGGUGCGCUCCCUGCGCGCCCUCCUCGACGGGCCCCGCCGCCGGCAGCUGCUGCCGCUGCUGCGCCUCGUCCUGCCGCGCUCCGACCAGCUCCUCUUCGAUCAGUACACGGCCGAGGGGCCCUACCUGCCGCCGCCCGGCCGCCCCCCGCCGCCCCCCGCCCCGCCGCCGGUGGUCCCGGGCGAGCUGCGGCAGGUGACGCUGCGCCGGAGCAAAGCCCACGAGGGUCUGGGCUUCAGCAUCCGCGGCGGUGCCGAGCACGGCGUGGGCAUCUACGUGUCUCUGGUGGAACCGGGCUCUCUGGCCGAGCGGGAAGGGCUGCGCGUCGGCGAUCAGAUCCUGGGAGUCAACGGCAAGUCCCUGGACAGGGUGACCCACGCCGAGGCGGUCAAGGUGCUGAAGGGCUGCAAGAAGCUGAACCUGUCUGUGCACUCGGUGGGGCGCAUCCCGGGGGGUUAUGUCACCAACCACAUCUACACCUGGGUGGACCCACAGGGCCGCAGCGUGUCCCCCCCCACGGGGCUGCCCCACCACCAGAACAGCUCCCUGCGCAGGGACAGCGAGAAGAGGAGCCAUCUCCAGCUCCUGCAGGAGGGGGACGAGAAGAAGGUGAAUCUGGUCCUGAAUGAAGGGAAAUCCCUGGGCCUCAUGAUCCGAGGAGGGGCAGAAUAUUCCCUGGGCAUCUACAUCACGGGUGUGGACAAGGGCUCCGAGGCAGAGAGCACUGGCUUGAAGGUGGGAGACCAGAUCCUGGAGGUGAACGGGAGGAGCUUCUUGAGCAUCCCCCACGACGAGGCCGUGAAGCUGCUCAAGUCCUCGCGCCACCUCAUCAUGACAGUGAAGGACAUCGGGCGCCUGCCCCACGCCCGCACCACCGUGGACGAGACCCGCUGGAUCACCAGCUCCCAGCUCGGGGAGACCCUGCUCAGCUCAGCAGGGGCAGUGGGUGACCAUGCCAUGGAUGUGGCAGCCAGGCCCGUGUUCUACCGUGGGCUGGCGGGCUCACAGGUGACCCUGAGCACAAUGGUGAACCAGACCCGGGUCAUGCUGGAGGAGCAGGCACGGCACCUGCUCAACGAACAGGAGAGGGCCACCAUGGGCUACUACCUGGACGAGUACAAGGAGGGCAACAUCUCCGUGGAUGCUCUGGUCAUGGCCCUCUUCGAGCUGCUCAACACACACGCCAAGUUCUCGCUGCUCUCCGAGGUGCGGGGGGUGAUCUCCCCUCAAGACCUGGACCGCUUCGACAGCCUGGUGCUGAAGAGGGAGAUCGAGUCCAUGAAGGCCCGGCAGCCCACGGGGCCCAGCACCGACUGCUACUCCAUGAUGUCCUGCAGCGACACCGUCUCGUCCUCCAGCAGCCACUUCACUGCCACCACCGUCAGCUCGGCCCGGAACACGUCAGAACUGGAGGGAGCUGGGGACUGCCACCAGAGCAGCAUCAACACCCUGCCAGAUGUGUCCCUGGAUGAUCUCUCCUCCUUCCCAGAGGAACCACCCAACUUCAAGCCUCCUCCUCCUCCAUCAGCCCCCCAGGCCCUGGACCCCUCCUCUGCCCAGCACGGGCUCCCAGGGAAGGACAAGCCCAAGCGUCCCUCCUCCGAGUCCUCCCAGUCCGGCCUUUUCUUCGUGGCUCCCCGAAACCCCUCUCCCCCUGCCAACGCCCCCGAGAAGGACACGGUCAGCGUCACCUCCGCGGCCUCCACGUCCACCGAGGAUUCUGCCCCCAGCGCCAUCUACGCCACCAUCUCCCCGUCCCUGCACAGCUCCCGCAGGCCGCCCGACGCCCAGCUCUCCCUGCUCAGCCAGCACCCCAUCGGGCCCUUCCCCAGGGUCCAGUCCCCAACCAGGCUGAAGAGCCCAUCCCCAGAGGGGCUCCAGAACCCCCCGUCCCCGACCCCUCCUCCCCCACCCCCGCACCCCGCGCCCCCUCCCCCGGACAAGGGCAGCCCCCAGGCCGUGGCCAACCAACAUUUCAUCAUGGUGGAGGUGCACCAGCCCAACAGCGAGCCCGACGUCAACGAAGUGAGGCCCCUGCCCCAGGCCAGAGCCUCCACGCUCUCCCAGCUGUCGGACAGCGGGCAGACCCUCAGCGAGGACAGCGGGGUGGACAUCGGGGAGGUCGAGACGAGCGGCAAGGACAAGAGCCGGCAGCCAGGUCCUGGGAAAAGCCAGAGCCUCAAGGAGGCCACGAGGAGCGAGGGGGCGGCAGAAGGGGCCUCCAAGCCGCCAGGGCUCCUGGAGCCCACGUCACGCCUGAUCCGGGUGUCCAAGAGCGCUCCCACCUUGGGCAUCGCCAUCGAGGGCGGCGCGAACACGCGGCAGCCGCUGCCCCGCAUCGUCACCAUCCAGCGGGGGGGCUCAGCACACAACUGCGGGAAGCUGAAGGUGGGACACGUCAUUUUGGAGGUGAACGGCACAGGACUGCGAGGAAAAGAGCACCGGGAAGCUGCCAGGAUCAUCGCUGAGGCCUUUAAGCUGAAGGAAAAGGACUACAUCGAUUUCUUGGUCACAGAAUUCAACGUGGCCCUUUAG